AUGGCGACCGACCAGGAAUCCAAGGACCGCCACUACAAGGACUUGUACGCAAGUCCUCCGGAUUUCAAGGUCCUCGGGCGCCUUGACCCUGACCUCGCCGCAGUACUGAAUGGGCGAGAGCUCGACUUUGACGACCCGGCGUCGGUAAUGCAAUUGACAAAGACGCUUCUGAAGCUCGACUUUGAUCUUAAUAUCGAGCUACCCGAUGAUCGUCUCUGUCCACCUGUGGCCAACAGGCACAACUAUAUUCUAUGGCUGAAGAGCCUGCUCGAUACAAGCUCGUACGAGAAGCCGGGGCGCAAGGUCAUAGGGAUAGACAUUGGCACGGGCGCGAGCUGCAUUUACCCUCUCCUUGGUUGCACGCAGCGACCUUGGUCCUUUGUCGCUACCGACAUUGAUUCCAAGAGUCUGGAAUACGCAAGGCAGAAUGUGAAGAGGAAUGAACUGACACACCGCAUCAACGUCUUCGCCAGGACGCAAGACGAUCCCAUGAUCCCUCUGAAAGAUGCGAACCUCUCCUCUGCAGACUUCACCAUGACGAACCCGCCCUUCUACGCGUCCAAAGACGAGCUCCUCGAGAGCGCUGCGCAGAAAUCUAGGAAGCCAUUCACGGCAUGCACCGGCUCAGAGACUGAAAUGGUCACUACCGGCGGCGAGGUCGCCUUCGUCGGCAGGAUCCUGGAUGAGUCGCUGGAGCUCCGCGAGCGCGUGCAGUGGUACACGUGCAUGGUGGGAUUCCUCUCGAGCGCGACCAAACUGGUGGAGAGGCUGAAGAAGGAAGGGAUCGAUAACUACGCCGUGACGGAGCUCGUGCAGGGGAGCAAGACGAGGCGGUGGGCUGUGGGGUGGAGUUUCCAGGCGAUGAGGCCGGAGCAGAGCGUCGCGAGGGGUGUCACGUCCAAGGCGGGGGCGGCGAAGAUUGAACUCCCUCCGGCUACGGAGCAGCAGGUACUCAAUAUUGCUCUCCCGGAGAAGAUUGGGGAUUUUGCCGAUGCGUUGCGACGGCACAUUGGAGGUUUGGAGCUCGUGAGCUGGGAGUGGGAUCAAGAGAGGCUCGAGGGUAUUGGCCGGGCAGAGGCGAAUGUGUGGAACCGUGCGUGGAGGAGGAAGAGAAAGAGGGAGAUGGAAGUCGAAGAACAAGGCAAAGAAGAAGUCAAGAAAGAGCCGUCGGUGAUAGCUUUCGGUUUCCAGGUUCGAGUGCGUGUGACGAAGGACGACCUGUCUGUUGGGUGCCGGUGGAUGGAAGGUCAUGAUGCAGUCAUCUUUGAAAGCUUCCAGGGCUACGUCAAAGCGACUGUGAAUAGCAUAACUGGCACAUCAAAAGAGAAGAAAAAGUAG